UGCUUGCCACAUUCUAAAUGGUUAAGUCACUAAUUGAAGACUCUAUUGCAGAAAAUGCUCAAGAGGCAAUUCCGUACACUGAAAGCCCAGGGAAGACUCCCACUAGACCUCCCUCUGAGACCAAUGAAGGCCUGGCUCCUGGCAGGGAAAAGAGUAUUCUUGGAGUGAGUGCAGUGUUCUCAGACUAUUUUUGAAUUGUACGAAACGUUAUACUUCAUUUAGGUAACUUGAGUUUAUCACAUCAUUAGACAAGUGUAAAUGAUAACACGAAUGUAUCAAAAUAUAUUAGCCGACAGCAAUAGUUUGAUAGAUAGUGUAGACAGACAUAGUCUGAUACAUUUCCAUAUUCACAUGAAGGCGUGAGACAGAGACAUGGAAGAGAUGGAGGAAGGUCUGUGUAGCUGAAUUGGUGAGAACUAUGUAGAGCAAACAGUACACCCACUGUAAAGCCCUUAAGAUAUCAGCAAGCUCAUUUUUUGGACCAAAAGAGAAAAUCAGCAGCUAUCAGUUCAAAUUAAUAAUUUCUCCCAACAUUUCAAUGAUGGACCAGUGUCCAGUCUCAGUCUGUUAAUGACAUAUUAUGUUGUUACAUAGACUUGGGAUGCAAAGAGGGGCCUGGAAUUACAGGAGACAGAGAGAGUUCUCCUGGUCAGUUGCCAGAGAGUUCAGGAUGAAUUAAGGAUAUCUGAUUUCACUGUGGACACGGCACCCAACAAAGCCAUCCAGCUUCUGAAAGAGGAGUGUUGGAAGUUGAACUUCUUGCACCUAAAGGAUGAGACAUGCCAGGCCACUGAGCUCACUGAGCUGUAUGGGCAUUCUGAGACCUCUUCAAAGGAAACUCUAAUUGAAGGGAAAAGUCCAAAGACCAAGUGCCCGUCCAGCGUCGCUGGGGCUGCUGACAUUGACAACACCAAUGAGGAGGCUUCAGAGGAGUCUCCGAAUAACAAUGUGGUGGACUUUCAGGAUGAGUCGCUGGCCCUGGUCAGUGUGGAGAAAGACGCUGCUGGAGAUGGAAAGGUCCUCAGCAAGGUGGUGAAGCCCAAAGGGUGUCUGAAGGAGAGCUGCAAAGAUCAGCUAACCCCAACAAUCUAUGAUAUGAUUACGGAACUACCAAAGUCCUAUUUCGGAUCCACUGAGAGCCUUCCUGAGAUGUGUAUCAGAGGUCCAAAUGUGUGCAGUGGAGUGCCUGAUGUGUCAAAUGCAGUGGGAGAGGUGUCCAGUGACACAAUGACGACUGAAGCUGCUGAAGACCUUCUGGACACUGGAAAUGUCCUGAGAAAGGUGGUGCAGCUAUCCACCGAGAGCCAUGCUGAGGUGUGCAAUGGAGAGGCUGAGGUGUGCAGCGGAGGUCCUGAGGUGUGCAGCGGAGGUCCUGAGAUGUGCAGCGGAGGUCCUGAGGUGUGCAGCGGAGGUCCUGAGGUGUGCAGCGGAGGUCCUGAGGUGUGCAGCGGAGGUCCUGAGGUGUGCAGCGGAGGUCCUGAGGUGUGCAGCGGAGGUCCUGAGGUGUGCAGCGGAGGUCCAGAGGUAUGCAGUGAAAUGCCUGAAGUGUACAGUGAAUGUCCUGAGGUGUCCAGUGAGGUGUUCAGUGAGGUGCCUGAGGCACCAAACGCAGUGGAAAAGGUGUCCAGUGAUACAAAGACAGAGGCUGCUGAAGAACUUCGGGACACUGAAAAUGUCCACAGCAAGGUGGUGAAAUCCAAAGGGUGGCUGAAGGAGGGCUGGGAAGAUCAGCUGACCAAAGACUUCAAUGAUAUGAUUGCAAGACUCCCAAAGUCCUAUUUUGGAUCCAAAGAGAGCCUUCCUGAGCUGUGCAGCGGAGUGCCCGAGGUGUCGAACGCAGCGGAAGUGGUGCGCAGUGACACAAAGAAGCAGAAGAAAAAUUGCGUUCUACGAUUCUUCCGACGUGUGUGGAAGUUCUUCACAUGUACCAACAGCCUCCCAAAAGAGGAGUGA